AUGAACGACGAUCUACGCGACCUCUACCAGCAAGUGAUCAUCGAUCACUACCGUCAGCCGCGCAACUUCGCGCUGCUCGAGGCGCACAACCGCCAUGCCGACGGCCACAAUCCACUGUGCGGUGACAAGGUCGAAAUCUAUGCCCGGGUCGAAGAUGGCGUGGUGCGCGAGGUCACCUUCCAGGGCGCCGGCUGUGCCAUUUCCACCGCCUCGGCGUCGAUGAUGACCGAGGCGGUCAAAGGCAAGCCGAUCGCCGAAGCCGAGCGGUUGUUCGAGCGCUUUCGGGAGUACCUCACCGACGACGCAUCACCGUCGCUGUCGAGCCACGGUGACGAGGAUCUCGAACGGUUGGAGGCUCUCGGCGGGGUGCGCGAAUUUCCCAUGCGGGUCAAAUGCGCCACUCUCGCCUGGCACACCCUGCAGGCGGCGCUGGCCAAGGCCGACGCCGACCUCGUCACCACCGAAUAA